AUGAUGAAGGCUAUAAGACUUGGAUUCAUUCCGGAACAUUACUCAACACCAAUUCAUUUUGCGCAGACGCAAAAGUUCUUCGCUAAGCGUGGUCUUAAUGUGGAAUUAAUACCGUACCCUAGCGGAUCUGGUCAUUUGAUCCAAUCGUUGGAUAAAGGUGAAUUGGAUGCUGCUGUUGGAUUAACUGAGGCAUUUGUGCGUGGAAUUGUCACUUCUCCUGCUAAAUAUUCUAUUGUGGGUACUUAUGUGGAGUCACCAUUACAUUGGGCAGUUUCUACUGGUGCUCAACGUAAUGAAUUGCAAAAUUUGAAACAGCUGGAAGGAAAACGUAUAGGUGUCUCGCGUAUUGGAAGCGGAUCUUAUGUUAUGUCGUUUGUGUUGGCAUUAGAACAGGGUUUUAACCCCGAAAAACCCUUUAUAGAUUUCCCAGUCUGUCAUAAUUUUGAGCAAUUGCGUAAAAGUGUUAAUGACAAAACUUCAGAGGCAUUCAUGUGGGAGUAUUUCACGACUAAGAAAUACUACCAAGGUGAAAACCCCGAAUUGAAAAUGUUGGGUAGCAUCUACACUCCUUGGCCAUCAUGGGUUUUAGUACGUCAGGAAAAUCUAGACGAACAAACCUCCAGACAGAUUGCGGAAUCUCUGGAUGAGGGUAUUUCUUACUUCGAACAACAUCCGGAGCGAUCAAUAGAACACAUUAAAACUUUGGGCUACUCUGAGGAAGAUGCUCGUGAAUGGUUAAAGAAAGUACAGUUCUCACAGAGCUGUUCCACAUCUUUGAGUAAAGAAGUUAAUGAAAAUGUUAUUCGUGUCUUGCGUACUGCGGGUGUUAUUGGAGAUGGUAGAUGA